AUGGACUCGGACGACGAAUUUGACGACGCUCGUCUAGGUAUCGGCGUUUGCGAGGACAAUCGAUAUGACUGGAUCUUUCGCGACUCGCGCCUCAGCAUGAAGCUACAUGAAGACAAGAUACACGAGCACGUGCGCACCUUUCAUAGAAUUCGCACGUCGCCGACCGCGGACGAUUAUGGUCAAGAGAAGAACAUGCUUUGGAUAUUCCAUCAGGACCGUCUUCUAGAUACGCUUAUGGGUUAUCAUAAGGGCGAGCUUGACAUGACUGGGAGGCACCCCGAGCGAUAUAGACGCUUGAUGACCCGUUUUGUUCAGCUCACAGAACAGUUCAACAAAGCUCUCGCACGGGCGACAUUGACGUCGGGAAAGGAGACGUGGGGAACCGGCUCUUUCUCUCGUACUCAUACAUGGCACGAGUAUGAGUUUGAGGAUCCGAAGGAAUGGCAGGCUUUCUCAGGGCGGUGGCAUGUCCCUUUCGGGUCAGCCUAUCGCUUGCAGACAUGUCUGUCUGAGUGUAUGAAGUACCUCGUCGAUCAUCCAAAGCCGCGCUUUCAAAAGCUGAACCUGCUGGAACUACCCGUCGAGAUUCUGGAGAAGAUAGCAGACUGUUGUGACGACGAGAGUCUACAGCAGCUAUUCGCGACGUGUCGCCAACUACGUACGCUAGCUCUCGCGGGCGUGUACACGAACUGCGCUUUCAGGUUCUCCGUCUACGAGGACGAUAUAGACUGGCAGCAAGCCUCGGUCCGCGAUGUAGACGGUAUUAGUCAGUACCUUCGUCAGAAGGUGGACAUACAUCGUACCCAAGUUCUUCGACGCAUGGACUCGUUACGGCAGCGCCCGGAUGCUCUGGACAGGACAAAGGAGCUCGUAUUUUACGAUAGUUGGACCAGCGACACUCGUCGAGCUUUCGGAGGCUUCGCUGCCUUAACGGGCCGCUCGACAGAGGAGCUGCUACAACCCUUGCUUUCGCGUCUGGUUUUCUUCAUCUUCCGAUGCCCCUUGGAGAAGCUGAGCUUCUGCUCGAACGACUUGAACGGCAUCGUCUGGGACGCAAUACGAUCGAGUUCGACAUUGCAGACACUCACUGUCAGCGCACGUGUACAAGAGGAUCCCCAUUCUUGGUUGCCCGCUCCAUCUCUGCGCAACCUGCACCUCAGGCUUCAGAACGGCCUGGGUCUCCGGAUGUGGGAGAUCAUCCCGCUCUGCCCACAACUGCUUUAUCUUUGCUUUUCAAGCCUCGAAGCGAACGCCAGCCGCAUCCCAGCGAGUCUUGCGCUUGCGUCAAACAACAUCUUCCGCACCCUGACCCGAGUCAUUAUGGAGGGCGUUCAGGCUAGCUCCGUGUCUAUCCUCAUCCGGGCUUUGAACGCUGCAGCAACCGCUCUCGCACCACUGCCGCUGCCGCUUACCCACUUCCGUCUCGAUGUCGCGAGCUCCCUACUCAAGCGUGACAUGGCUUUUGAGCUCAUUGACGCUUUAAGCCGUGCGUCUAUCCAGGUUCUUCGCCUGUCCCGGUUGCACUACGCCCGGACCGACCUCCUCGGCGCGAUCGCCAGACUGCCUCAUCUGGAGUCAUUGACGCUGAUGCAUCAGCAAAGACACUGGGUGGAACAAGAACGCGUCGACUGGCCAUGUCCCGCGUACGAGUACGCCGCGGCGCUGCGGGCCUUCCCCAAACUCUCAUUCUUCGGGUUCAACAGCGAUCUUUCGCCCCUUUCGUACUCUCCAUUCUACCAGACGGAGAAUGAAGACGGAUACGCGCAUGUUGACAAGAACCGGGCCGCUGCUUGGGCAGAAUGGCUGGAGUUCAAUACUCGGCGUGAUCGGCAGAGUCAGGGAGCCCGGGCCGUGGCUUUCCACCCAGAGAACCGAGAUUAUUUCGAGGACGACAGCUCGGUCACGUUGCCGCGUUUGUUCGCUAUACAUUGUCCGACACUUCGUAUACUGCAUGAUCGAAACGACGCGUGGGCGUUUGAUCGGCGCGCAGAUGGGAAGAUCGUUGUGCGCACUCGAAGGGAGCUGCGGCCUGCUGAGGAGAAGGACGUCAGAGACUUGUACAAUAUGUUGGACGUUGAUGUUUGGGAUGUAUGA